AAUCAAUAUUACUAAUGCAGAAAAAAUUCCUUUAGAUAAGAUAUACCUUCAGAGCUCACACUUUUCAGCUACAAUGGCAGUGUCGCCUAUAGCCAGUCUCAACUCUAAGCUUUCACUUCCUUCAGGAAAGCAGCAACAGCAGUCCAAAUUUACAGGCCAAUCAGUGAGAGCAAUACCUAUACGCAUAUUAACGGUGGGGAAGAAUCGGUCACAAGGAGUGCAGUUAAUAGUUGAUGAAUAUAUGAAGAAACUCAAGAAUUAUUGUAGUGUUGAUGAUGUUCGUAUCAAGUCUAAUCCCAAAAAUGCACGUGAUGUAGUGGCUCAAAUUGAACAUGAGGACAUUGCUGUUAUGGGCCUCAUCAGGCCUGAUGAAUGGGUUGUAAUGUUGGAUGAGCGUGGUCAUGAUGUGGGAUCUGAGCAGAUGGCUUCUUUAAUUGGGGAUGCUGGAAACAAGGGAGCAUCAAGCUUACUCUUUUGCAUAGGUGGACCUUAUGGACAUGGGAGACAAUUGCGAGAGAGAGCUAACAUAUCAGUCAAAUUGUCAUCCUUAGUCUUGAACCAUGAGAUUGCCUUAGUUGUACUGAUAGAGCAACUUUACAGAGGGUGGACCAUUCUUAAAGGACAGAAAUACCAUCACUAGACAUUGAUGUCUAAACCAUGAUAAACCAAUACAGAUACAGGAUUUCUAUUUCUUGGAAUUGGAAGAAGGAAUUGAAAUGACUUCCAAAUUUCAUUCAACCAUCAUCAGAGCAACUAAACUCAAGUUUGGAAUGCCUUUUGAGGAUGACCUUGUCCCCCAUUUAUAGAUGUUGGAUGUGCCUAACCACCUGCCUAAAGAGAAGGAGGUGGUUGAGAUUUGAGAAGUGAGCAGAACGUCAUUCUUAGAUCUUAAGAGUCUGUUGAGGUCAUGACACGUCGAAAUAAUUGAUGUUUCACUUGGUUUAUUGUGUGGUUUGUGAAGCCAGAUGGUACUUCUAUCGUGAUGGCGUGUCAUGCCACGUUGGUUGACUGGUGCAUCACGUCACACCUCAUGACGCGCCUGUCCAGGCCUAAUGUUGGGAUGUUGACAAGCCUGGCCCAGACAUAUUUUAGCCACCACAAUGAUCUAAUUCAUUAUGCCAUCUUCACUAUUUCUAAUGAAUGGAGUAAGGGACCGGAGGCAGUAGCAAUUUGCCUGAAAAUGGAUGAUGAAAAAUUAAGAUAUACUGAAAAUGUUGUAUCUCAGAGCAAAGAUAAGAUAGCAGAACCAUGAUCCUUACCUAGCCAUCUCUUCCAGUGGAGCAGGACCAAGAUAAUACUUAUUAUUUACUUUGUCAGGAGUGGAUGUAAACCUGAAAUAGAUAUUUGAGUUAAUUCAAUGAAUAUUUAACUAAAUCUUUACCAUUUUUGAGUUCUUUGAUUAGCGUAUUAUUUGAGCCGAGGGUUUUUCAAAAACCACCUCUUUACCUCCACGC